GUGAGAGAGAAUCCCAGGCAGGCGCUGCACCGUUAGCACAGAGCUGGACAUGGGGCUUGAUCUCACAGAUCACAAGAUCGUGACCUGAGUGGAGAUCAAGAGCCGGAUGCUCAACCAACUAAACCGCACAGGUGCCCCAGGAGUUCUUUAUGUAUUUUGAAUAUUAAACCCUUAGUAAAUAUGUGGUUGACAAAUAUUUCCUCCCAUUCUGUAGGUCUUUUUUUCAGAUUCUUAAUAAGGUCCUUUGGUGCACAAAAAUUCUUACUUUUGUUAAUUCAGUUGAUCCAUUUCUUUUCUUUCUGUUGCUUGUGCUUUUGGUAUCAAAUAUGAGAAUCCAUGGACAAAUCUGAGGUCAUGAGGAUUUACCCCUAUGUUAUAUAGUUUUGACUCUUACAUUUAGGUCUUUAAUCCAUCCAUUUUGAGUUAAUAUUUGUAUAUGAAGUGAAGUGGGAGUCCCACUUCAUUCUUUUGUAUGUGGUUAUACACUUGUCUCAGCACCGUUUGUUGAAGAGACUGUUCUUUCCUCAUCAGGUGGUCUUGGUACCUUUGUUGGAAAUCAGCUGGCCAUAGAUGUUUGAAUCUAUUUUUCAACUCUCAGUUCUGUUUUAUCAGUCUGUAUGUCUUUCCUUUUGCCAGUGGUACACUGUUCUGAAUACUGUAGCUUUGUAGAAAGUUUUGAAGUAGUAAGAGAAGUAUGAGUCUUUCAAUUUUAUUUUUCUUUUUCAUUAUUGCUUUAGCUACUUGAGACCCUUGCAGCUUCAUGUUAAUUUGAGAAUCAGUUUUUCUCUCGCUGCAAAAAGAGGUCGUUGGAAUUUUGAUAGGGAUUGCAUUGAAUCUGUUUUGGGGAGUUGCCAUUGUAACACUGCUAAGUGUUCGAAUCCAUGACUGUGGGUGUCUUUCUACUUAUUUACAUCUUUAAUUUCUUUUAGCAAGAUUUUGUAGUGUCAAUGUAUAAAUCUACCUCCUUGGUUAAAUUUAUUCCCAGGUAUUUUGUUCUUUUGGAUGUUAUUGUACACAGAAUUGUUUCCUUAAUUUUAAGAUUUUUCAUUGCUAGUGUAUAAAAACACAAUUGAUUUUCGUGUGGUGACCAUAUACCCAGACUUUGCUGAAUUUGGUUAUUAUUUUUCUAGUAGUUUUGGGGAUUUUUUUAAAAGUGUUUUUAAUGUUUGUUUAUUGUGAGAGAGAGAGAAUGAGCAAGCAGGGGAGGGACAGAGAGAGAGAGAGAGAGACAGACAGGCAGAGACAGUGAAUCCCAAGCAGGCUGUGUGCUGUCAGUGCAGAGCCCGAUGCGGGGCUGGAACCCAAGAACUGUGAGAUCAUGACCUGAGCCGAAACCAGGAGUCGGACACUUAACCAAGCCACUCAGGUGCCCCAGGGGGGUUUUCUAUGAAUAUAGAUUUUCUAUAUAUAGAAUCAUGUCAUAUACAAAUAUCGUUUAUCUUUUUCUUUCCUUUUAUCCUUUUAUUUCCUUUUUCUUGCCUAAUUGCUCUGUCUAGCACUUUUACUAGAGUGUUGAACAGCAGUAGUGAAAGCAGACAUCCUUAUCUUGUUCCUGGUAUCAGGGGAAAGUUUACAUACAAUCUUUCACCAUCGAUUAUGAAGUUAGGUGUGUGUUUUAUUUCGUUUUUGUUUUAAAGAAAUGCCCUUUUCAUUUUAAGGACAUUCUCUUCAAUUCAUAGUUGGCUGAGCAUUUCAUCAUGAAAGGAUGCUGAAUUUUGUCAGAUGCUUUCUGUGUUUCUAUUGGUAGGAUCAUGUGGGUUUUUCCCUCUUUAUUCUGAGUGUGGUGUUUUACAUUAAUAGAUUUCUGCAUGUUGAACUACCUUUGCUUUCCUGGGAUAAAUCUCACUUUGUCCCGGUGUAUAAUCAUCUUAAUGUCUUGUUAUAUGUGAUUUGCUCCUAUUUUGUUGAGGUUUUUACAUCUAUAUUCAUAAGGGAUAUGGGUUUUUAGUUUUUUUGUGGUAUCUUUGUCUGGCUUUUGUAUCAGGUUACCAACUGCAUUUUGACUGGACAUCAGGCUUCUUCAGAAUUUUGAAACCUGUCCUCUCUUCCAUGUAUAGAAAAAUUUAGGAGAGUUUUCAGGCAGACAGGAUGACGAUGAUCAUGCCACAUACCUCCACAAUACAAGGCUGCCCGUCAUAGCUUAUCACUGGGAAAAUCCUGGCUGAUACUACCACCAUAACUCUGUGUCUACCAGUGGAGAAUGAAGGAGGGGACACUAUUCCUGAUGCCAGGACGAGAGAGAUGUGCCUGUUGCUUUGUGAAAAAGCCACAGAUUGUUCCAGAUAAUGAUAGUUGAAUAACAAACUGCCCUAAGUAUUAGUGACCUAAACCAGCAGUAAUCUGUUAUGAGAUCUUAUGGUUCUGUGGGUUGAUCAGGCAGGGUUCAGCUGGGUGAUUCUUCUGCUCUGUGUGGCAUUAGCCAAGGUCACUCACUGGUGUUUAUCUGGCGUCUGGUGUGGAGGUCCAGCAUGGCUAUGCUCCCAUGACUGGAUGGUUGGAAGGCCUAGCUUUUAGUGGUUCUUCCUUUCCAUGUACUGUCAGGGCCUCUGCAGAUGGCCUGUCUGCUAGGGUGGUCGGAUUUCUUACAUGAUAGCCUAGGAUUCCUACAGUGAGUUUUUUAGGAGAGGAAGCAGAGGCUGACAGAUUAGUGUUCAUGUUAUUCCUACUAUGUUCUAUUGAUCAAAGAACCUGCGAGGUUCUCCCAGGUUUAGGGAGAGGAGACACAUUGCUUAUCUCUUGUUGAAAGGAGUGUCUGUUUGUGGCCAUCUUUAAGCCACUGCACAUGUUGUGGUUUGAUUCCAGUGCUAUCAACAGUGUAUGUUGUGUAUGCUUCAUAAGACAGGCUUUUGUGGGCUAAAAUGGAAACCCCAACUGCUGUGUUACCUGUUUUUUGUGAGAAAAUGCAUUCUGUCUUCUGAACCAAGAAUUCAUGAAUAAAAUUUUGAAAUACACCCAUUCAUAAAAUGGUAAUUCAUAAAAUGUAGUAAAAUAUAUGUUUGGAGCACCUGGGUGGCUCAGUUGGUUAAGAGUCCAACUCGUGACUUCAGCUCAGGUCGUGAUCUCAUGGUUCGUGGGUUUGAGCCCCACGUUGGGCUCUAAGCUGAUAGCGUGGAGCCUGCUUGGAAUUCUCUCUCUCCCUCUUUCUCUUUGUCCCUCCCACACUCACACUCACCCUCUCUCAAAUAAAUUAAAAAAUAACCACACACACAAACAUUUAAAAAGUAUGUUUUAUUUACUUAAUCAGCAGGAAUCCUUGAUCAUGUGUCAGUUUUUCAAGUACAACUUUGGGUCUAUAUAUUUUCCCUUCCUAUUCAUUCAUCUUAAAAAUUACUUGAAAAUUCACUUUCAUUUUGAAGAGUAUUGUGGAGUUUAAGCUUAUAUCUCUCUCGGUUCUUUUUUUUUUUUUAAUUUUUUAAUGUUUAUUUAGUUUUGAGAGACAGAGAGAGAUAGAGCAUAAGUGGGGGAGGGGCAGAGAGAGAGGGAGAGACAGAAUCUGAAGCAGCUCCAGGCUCUGAGCUGUCAGCACAGAGCCUGACACGGGGCUCGAACUCACGAACCGUGAGAUCAUGACCUGAGCCAAAAUCAGAUGCUCAACUGACUGAGCCACCCAGGUGCCCCAUAUCUCUCUCUGUUCUUAAAAAAAGCUUCAUUGAGAAAAUAUUAGUAAGCCUACAUAUCCUAAAUUUCCUGUUGUUCACCCUAGAUCAUUCUAGUAAAACCCCUAGAGACUUACUAGAAUUAAGUUACGGCUGUUUACGUAGAAAAGUGUGGGAUAAUUUGACAGCAUGUGAGGAGGUGUGUAUGCGUUAGUUGUAACAUGGAAAUCUCAUUUUCUGUAAACUGUGCUUUCUCAGCCUUUCUCAGCUGAUUGUUGCAACACUAUUUGAGCAAGCAAAUGUGAUGAGGUCAUAGAAGAGUGAGAGUGAAUUUAAAUAAUGAAACAAAUCUGCCUCUGUAUGGGGGCUGAUGAGGGUGGAGAGGGAGGAGCUGUGCGAGUCGUGUUGUGUUCCCCCACGCGCCCUCUGCCUGCACCCGCACCCGCACCCGCACCGGAGCUCUCAGAGCCCCGCCUGCUACAGGGUUGUGAUUCCAGUACCCCUGGCCAGGAGGCCGGCUUCCAGGUAAGAGACUCCACUACAUUCUGUGAAGAAGGAUAAGACUGACACCGCUUUGCUUCUUUCUCUGUUGAAAUCUCUUCCUCCCUGAUCGAGCUUUGGUGUAUCUUCUUACAGCAUAUGACACACGGAAUCUCUCCUUCCUGACAUGGAGUCAAGUAAAAAGAUGGAAUCCCCCGGCACCCUGCAGACGAACCCGCCGCUGAAGCUGCACCCUGACCGCGGCGCCGGGACGUCCGUGUUCGUCCCCGAGCAAGGAGGUUACAAAGAAAGGUUUGUGAAGACCGUGGAGGACAAGUACAAGUGCGAGAAGUGCCGCCUGGUGCUGUGUAACCCGAAGCAGACGGAGUGCGGACACCGGUUCUGUGAGACCUGCAUGGCGGCCCUGCUGAGCUCCUCCAGCCCAAAAUGUACCGCGUGUCAAGAAGGCAUCAUCAAAGAUAAGGUGUUUAAGGAUAAUUGCUGCAAGAGAGAGAUUCUGGCUCUUCAGAUCUACUGCAGGAACGAGGGCGGGGGCUGCACGGAGCAGUUGACCCUGGGACACCUGCUGGUGCAUUUAAAGAAUGAUUGUCAGUUUGAAGAGCUGUCGUGUGUCCGCGCUGACUGCAAAGAGAAAGUGUUGAGAAGAGACCUGCGUGACCACGUGGAAAAGGCCUGCAAGUACCGGGAGGCCACGUGCAGCCACUGCAAAAGUCAGGUCCCGAUGAUCACGCUGCAGAAACACGAAGACACUGAGUGUCCCUGUGUGGUGGUGUCCUGCCCCCAUAAGUGCAGUGUCCAGACCCUUCUGAGGAGUGAGUUGAGUGCGCACUUGUCAGAGUGCGUCAAUGCCCCCAGCACCUGUAGUUUUAAGCGCUAUGGCUGCGUGUUUCAGGGGACAAACCAGCAGAUUAAGGCCCAUGAGGCCAGCUCCGCGGUGCAGCACGUCAACUUACUGAAAGAGUGGAGUAAUUCUCUGGAGAAAAAGGUUUCCUUGCUACAGAAUGAAAGUGUAGAAAAAAACAAGAGCAUACAAAGUCUGCACAAUCAGAUAUGUAGCUUUGAAAUUGAAAUUGAGAGACAAAAGGAAAUGCUUCGAAAUAAUGAAUCCAAAAUACUUCAUUUACAGCGGGUAAUAGACAGCCAGGCGGAGAAAUUGAAAGAGCUUGACAAAGAGAUCCGCCCGUUCCGGCAGAACUGGGAAGAAGCGGACAGCAUGAAGAGCAGCGUGGAAUCCCUCCAGAACCGAGUGACCGAGCUGGAGAGUGUGGACAAAAGCGCCGGGCAGGCGGCUCGGAACACAGGCUUGCUGGAGUCCCAGCUGAGCCGGCACGACCAGAUGCUGAGCGUCCACGACAUCCGCCUGGCCGACAUGGAUCUGCGCUUCCAGGUUCUGGAGACCGCCAGCUACAAUGGCGUGCUGAUCUGGAAGAUCCGAGAUUACAAGCGGCGGAAGCAGGAAGCCGUCAUGGGGAAGACCCUGUCCCUUUACAGCCAGCCUUUCUACACGGGCUAUUUUGGCUAUAAGAUGUGUGCCAGGGUCUACCUGAACGGGGAUGGCAUGGGCAAGGGGACGCAUCUGUCGCUGUUUUUUGUCAUCAUGCGUGGAGAAUACGAUGCUCUGCUUCCUUGGCCGUUCAAGCAGAAAGUGACACUCAUGCUGAUGGAUCAGGGGUCCUCUCGGCGUCACCUGGGAGACGCGUUCAAGCCGGACCCCAACAGCAGCAGCUUCAAGAAACCCACCGGGGAGAUGAAUAUCGCCUCCGGCUGCCCGGUGUUUGUGGCCCAAACUGUGCUAGAAAACGGGACAUAUAUUAAAGAUGAUACCAUUUUUAUUAAAGUCAUAGUGGAUACUUCGGAUCUGCCUGACCCCUGACAAGUCACUGGGGAGGUGGGUUGAGCAGAAGGCAACUCCUCUGGGGGGUUUGAACCGGCUGUCUCCACCGAGGUCCUCGCGCUCAGAAAAGGACCUUGUGGAACGGAGGAAGCAGCAGAAGGUGGCCGCGGGCCGGCGGGAGGAGCCGCGUGUGAGGACACACCCGACAUGUUUUCUAAUAGACUAGCAGCUCCACUCUGAAGAAUUAUUUAUCCUCCAACGUGAUAGAUACUGCUGUCAGAGAAGGUUUUCAUUUCAUUUUUAAAGAUCUAGUUAAUUAAGGUGGAAAACAUAUAUGCUAAACAAAAGAACCAUGAUUUUUUCUUCCUUAAACUUGAACACCAAAAAAAAAACACACGCACACGCACACACACACACCUGGGGACAGCUGGACAUGUCAGCAUGUUAAGUAAAAGAAGAAUUUAUGAAAUAAUAAUGCAAUUCUUAUAUAUUCUAAAAUUCAAGAGUGCAAUCUUGUUUCAAAUAUAGUAUACUGUCUAUUUUUAAGGCCUCAUCUGGUCUCUGUUUUAAUAAUUUGUUUGUCAGAAGACCCUGAAGUACACCUAGGUCUUUUUUGGAAGUCUGAAUUCAGAAUCAUUUUUUAAUUUGAAGUUCUAAGAUAAUUGUUACUGCAGACAUUUUGUUUUAAAACGUUGAUAGACUGAUAUUUCUUGGCAGAAAAUGUAAACUAUCAAACGCUGGUUAUCACUUGUGAUAGGAAAGAGCAUACUCAACCUGCUGUAUUUCUCGUUAGAAAUGUAACCUUCAAUCUCUGUCGUAGUUAAUGACACUACUUCAAAAUUAUUACGAAAGGGAAACUGCUCAUGGAUGCUGUGCAUCAUUUUCAGAUUUAUAAUUGUUUUCACCCUAAAAUAGGGCAUUUGUUGAACUUUGGAGUUCUAAACAAAAUCCUGUAGGCUUUUAAAAUUCUGCCCCACGUAUUCAGACACGCUCUCUGUUGCUGACAACUCUGGCCUUCGGCGUCCAGGGUCCGGGGGUGGGCAGGUGGCUCGUGCUGAAGGAGGCCACAGCAGGUGUGUUUUUCUUCAUCCUGUCACAUUGCUGCAUUCUGUUAACGAUCUCCAAAGGCGACAUCUUUGCAUAGAGGUGGUGGCAUACUGUCUAUGUGCCUUAGAUGUGACAUGCUGCUUCUCGACCCUGGCUUUGUGUUCACUGUAACUCUAGAAGGUGAUAGUUUGACCCGGCGUUCCUCUCAACCACUAGACCCCUGCCUCUGCAAGGGCCCUCAGACAGCCCCGUGCCUGCUGAGGAAGCCAGGCUCAGCUUCCGCUUCUGGAGCCUCCACUGCUCAGUCAUCACAGAUUCCAAGUCUCUGGGCCCCCAAAGCGAGCCGCCUGGUCCCAGCACGGGCGCGGUCCCACCCCCAGGGCAGGAGCGGGGCAGCCACCGUGCCUCUCCGUGUCCCCACCUGGGCCGUGGGCGCCCACCCGCCACGAAGCAGAACCCUCUGAGCAUUCCAGAGACCGCCGCUCUCGGGGGGGCCUGCCCAGGCUGACGGACAGGGUCCUGGAACCACCGCUCCCUCGGGAAGGGUGGCCCGGGGACCGUCCCAGCCUGCGCCUGCCCAGACGGCAUCUUCUCAGCUCACUCACUGUUUACUUUCUUUCAAUGGUCCAACUGUGACUAGAAGCCGGAGCCCUGCCUCCCUGCGCCCCCCGCUGUGCGCCGCGCUUCUGGGUGCUCUUACCACUGAUGGGUGCUACACGUGACGGGUGCUCCUUGGGCUAAACCAGUGUGUGUGAACCACCGCAUCUGGGCCGCGCACCUCAGACUGCCUGCCUCUGGGCUCCCCCGUGCUCACGCGGGGACGGUCGGGCUGGUGCCCGGUGGCCCGCCGUGUCUCUGGUGCUGCCAUCUGCCCUGGGCGUGCCUCCGCCCCAGUGCCUGCUGGAAGUGCCCUCCUAGCGCACGCCGUCCCCUUCCGUAAGUGACCUCAUCGGUUCCAAGCACCUGCCACGCCCGUUAGCAGUUAAAUGCUCGUCGUAUUCAUCUCCUUUACUUUCUCCACCCUGCCCCCACCCCCGUUGCUUUGAGGGCCAGUCCGCAUCCUCCGUCCUGUCCAGAAGGAGUCGUGAGUCCCCGUGCAGAGAGGAAGGACUACCCGUGGGUGCUGCGGGACCGCUGUCCCUCAAAGGUGUUCCCGACCUCCUCCAGACCUUGCCCUGGUUCUACCCCGGAGACCCAGGGGAGACAGGACGCCUGGCAGCCCCUCCUGCCUGGCCUCAGGUGGCUUUCCUGAGGCCAGGGGUUACCAGCGGGGACAUGCCUGUGGCAUGCCUGCGUCCUCCCCCAUCACUAAGAGUGUGGACAAUAUUAACAAAUUUGAGAUAAAAGCAACCUCUUGGUCUGGUAAAACAACAACAACAACAACAGUUCUUUGCCUCUCCUGGUUGAAAUUCUUCUGGGGGUGGGCUACCUGGAAUCACUUCUGGAAGCAUCUGUCCCUUGGUGGGGGGGGGGGGCGCUUUCCCAGUCGCCCCUCCCACACACGCUCCUAGUGGGAGAUGACGGGCCCUUUGGGCCUCCUCCCGAGGAGCCCAUAAGACGUGGCAUCAGGAGCUGGCGCCAUCCCCUGGGGUGAGGAUGUGCAGAAGCCUCAUCUUGUGGCUUGAAAAUAAUUGGCGACAGCGGGGGGGUGGGUCGUGUGCCUUUUGGCCACCGUUUGGUGCACAUCUUCCCUCUCGCGCACUUGUCCGGAAAGCGGCCUCCCGAAGGACCUGAGUGCGAGGACCUGCCCGGAUGGACGCACCUGGCAUUGCUUCCAUCCUGACUCCUCGGUGCCCCGGUUUGGUGCUCGCCGCCCGGCGCCGGCCUCCGGCUGUGGUCCCCGAGCGGCCAACCCUCCCGGCUUCCCAGGGUCCCAGCAACAAGAGAACAGUGUCCUACGCGGCAUGUAUUGGGUGCACUUUUCCUGUUUCCUAAAAGUGACAGAUCUCCCCAUGGGAUAAAACUGUUCCAGUGCUUUAGAAAAACCACCACCAAGUCUUGUGUGUGAAUCAAGCCAGUCGGCUUCCCUGUCAGCCUCGUGCCGGAAAUGAAGACAACUCACUGUCUCUGCUUGCCUCGUGUGGUUCUCUGGACGUGUGCCGCUCGCUCCUGCGCGGACCAUGGAGGCUGCUGGGGGGCUGGCGGCCUGGGGCUGGGCUUGUCAGUGAUGGGUGGGCACCUGCUGGGGAGCACACGGCGUGGUGGGCGUGAGUGAGGGGCCUGUCCCAAGAGGCUGGGAGUCUUUGAGUGGCCGAGUGGCAUUUGGCUCUUGGGGAUUAGACCGGCCCCGGGGAGGCUGGAGUCCCCUCACCUGGGCCUCUUCUAGAAGUUCGGUUUUUCAGUGUCCUAGGUUCACAGGUAACACAGAGGAAACAGGAAUGCUCGCAAAUUGUUCUUCUAAGACCUGUCCUACAAGAGGGUGGCGCUGACCCCCUGAGGGUGGGUCGCUGUGCAGGUGGACAGGGAAGGCCUCGUGGGGGCCACUAUUGUGGCCCCAAUUCACAGCCUCCCCCCGGAGCAGCCUUUGCGAGGCAGCAGGUAGAGCAAGGGAGCUCUCGGCCCAGAUGCGCCUUUCUUUUCCUGCCCGAUCCAGUUUUUCCUUGCCUUGUGACCCCAGAAGGCCGUGGAGUACAGGAAGCCUGUCCUCCGUGGCGGCCACCCCCACCAGGCCCUUCAGAUGCUGCCCAGAUUCCAGGGGGCUGUCUGGCAGAGCCGAUGCCCCCGAGGCUUCCCCUGUACCACUGCGGCCUACCUUGGUGAGGCGGGGUCCUUGGCCACCCACGCUGGGGCCACAUGUCCCAGGUGAGGCCUGCAGCUGUCAUCAGGCAGUGUCGUGGCCACCGGUGGCAGGCCUGGCAUCCGGCAGCCAGCAGGGGACGGGGUGUCUGGACAGACCCUUAAACAUGGCAGGUUCCCGUGGUGGGUCAUUUCUUUGUCUGCCCAAGGGAGGUGGGCAGAGUGGCAGAACCCACCCACCCCCAACUCACAUCCUGGGGGGUGCACACCACCUCCCUACUCUGUGCGUGAAGGAGGGGGGACACUGUCCUUCUGUGCCCAUCACGGACGUGUCUGGCUCCCGGCCUCUCCGCCAGUGUUCACGGGGCCGGUCAGGAGCCGCACUCCUCCUGGGACCUCGUGCCCAGACCUCAGCCCUCCAAAGGGAGUCCCUCUUCUCUGGGUCAGCAGAGCUGUUCAAUACCGUUUUCUUCCUUCUGGUCCAGACCUUUCUCAGAGUGCGGAGGAGAGCCGGGGGGAGCCCCUUCCUUUUGUGAGCGUGUGGGAGGUGAAUGAGGGGUCUGUCACCCAAAUCUGCCUGUCAGCCCGAGACCAUGGUUCUGUCUUCCAUUUGCAAAUCCCGACAGCUUUAUUUUCUCCAAAACAGAAUUGUGUCCACUGGGGCCGAAGUCGGGUGAGGGCCGUGUGUGGCUCCGGUGUCGGCAGGUGACCUGGUCGUCGGUACUGUCUGCCCGGGCGGGGCAGGCCGUCACCGGGGAGCCGGGGCCAGCGGGGGGUGGGGGGCCCCAGGGGUGCUGCCCCCUGGCCUCCGGUGGCCCACAUGCGCGGAGGUGGCCGGUCUGGUGUGGGGAGGCCCUGGUGGCGCCGAGCAGUGCUUGCCUUUCAUUUCCGCUGCUGCAUCUUGAGUCUCGCGAACUGUCGCAUUGGAAGAGGGUCAAGUCCAGGAUGGCUGUGCCACUCCUGCCGUUAGUGGUGAUUGGUUUUUAUAACUCAGUCCCCCAUUAGACAAGUAAGAUAACCUUCAACAGCAAACUGACUUAAUUGGUAAACACAAACGCCGGCAUUAUUUCCAAGGAUUUCUACAAGAAUUACCUAUAGAAUAGUAUCUGUGAUCACAGAAGUGUGUGAACCCGUGUAGACAAUUGUGUGACGUUGUUAGAGCCGCAAUCUCCCUGACGGCGCACCUCUUCGUUCAGUUCUGUUACCCAAAAACAAAGACCAAAGAAGGCCAAUCUCUCAUUUGACUCUGUAUUUUAACCCGCCUGUUUUAAAAAUUGCCGUCUGUAGUAACCGCUCGCUGUGAGGCCCCAUCUUGACACUCCAAGUGAUUGUGACCAGUGAUUCACGUCCUGUUUUUCUGCUCUUCUAAGAAAAAAAAACAACAAAAAGACAGUAUAAGUUAUUGCUCAGCAAUAAUCAUGUUGUUCAUGUGAAUUAACAACAUGUCUGGUUUUCUGAUAGCAUUAUUAUGUUUUAUAUUUUUGUUUACUGUAUAUUGUGUGUGGUUUUAUUUGGUAUUUAUUUGUGUUUUGAGGUCUUGCGAUGUUUUUGUGUUUCUGAUGCUAAUAACUAAAGUUUGUAAGAGUGUAGAAUGCAAAACUUGGAAAUGCUCAACUGUCUGAUUAGAGGAAAAUAAAUCUGACUAAGGA